CUUAAAGCUCUCCUUAACAUCAAUGACUUAUAAAAUACUAUUCGUACAAUUGACGACAGAGCGAAGAGAGGGACUGCAUCAUUGCUUAUUUGGGUCUUCAACUUCACAUACUGCACGGCUUAACUUAGUUCUGUGAUUUCCACCGAGAUGGAUAAAGAUGGCGAUUUUGUUAAAACUAUAACCAAAGUGUAUGUCGGUGGAUUAAACGAAGAUGUUGAAAAAUAUCAUUUGGAAGAAAUCUUUGAACGGUACGGACUUGUGAAAACCGUGUGGAUCGCGAGGAAUCCCCUCUCCAGAGGGUAUGCCUUUGUCACUUUCUUCGAUCCGAAACACGCAGAAGAGGCAGUGAAGGGACUAGACGGCACUACUCUGUUAGGUUCAAAACUGAAGGUUCAACUUUCCAAAAAUGAAAUCGUGAAAAUGGAAAGAGAACAGAAAGAUCCGAGAGAUCUUGUGGAUCAAAGGCAUCGUCAAAGGGACAGGGGAAGGAGCGAUGAUCGAAGACGAAACAUGUCGUGGGAAAGGGAUAGGUCCCCGAUAAUUGAACGGCGAUACGACGAUGACAACGUGCGUGAGGCUUCCUCUAGAACUCUAGACCCUGGGGUGAUCCAGGAAUCCUUGAUGUUACGAGAAGCCCUUCUUAGAUCUGGAUUCUCGCCAUAUUCAGUCAUUACUAAUUCUCUUUUCCAGACAGCCGCACUCCCAAGUCUUCCUGUCACUUGUAUGAAGUCGCCUGCUUUUGGGGCAGCUUUAAAUUAUUUACCUUAUCCUCCUGUAGUAAACGACACCUUUUCAAACUUGCGCCAACAAGGUGACCUUACGUCACAAAUGACGGGUCAGAGUAUUCUUCUCCCCAUCACAACCCCUCAAAAUCCUCCGCCACCUGUCAAAUACGGCCACUCAAUCCCAAACAUGCAUUCGCCAUUCCUUCCGUCUUCAACUGCAUUUCAAACUCCACGACAUCAAAACAGGGCCAAGACACCAAUGGUACCUCUGACGUCACCAGAACUUUCCUACAGUGGUCGUGCAAAUGAAUUACCUCCAUCAGUGGGGUUUUCAUCAUGUGGGCACCAAACGACUCAUUCUUCGAAAGAUUCAGAGUUUUCCAGAAAAUAGGAAACCACCGGCAUAGUGCAAAUAAAUCAACGGACUUCAUAUGAUACUUAAAUCUGCAAAAACCUUUGUCAAGACAUUCUGUAGUGUUUAAAAGAAAAGUACUCUAUGUUUUCAUAUGAUGGAAAAGAAAUCAAUAAAAUCCCAUUUUCUAAU